CAUACAUAAUUUGUGGAAUAAUUUUAUACCAAAUUAAGUAUAUCAAGUGUUUGGUGGUUGCUUGAGUGACAGUGCAAGUGAUAAGUGACUUUCGCCGUCUGUUUGUGCAGGAUGAUGAUCACACGUAAUUUAAAGUUAUGGAUAUGUGUGGCGUGCCUGGCGUCAUCGCUGGCAGCGCCGUCGCCGUCGCCAUCACCUUCACAGAACCCACAACUGUAUCUGGACAUCAUCGACAUGGCGGCCAUCAGCAGAAUGUCACCACAGCAACUGGAAGCUUUAGCUGAAGGGUUAGCAGCUGAAGAGAUCAUGAGGACAAAGCGGUCGUCAGCUCAAGCGCUAACGUCAGUGGUGUCCAAGGCGUCAUCAGGGAUACAAAGCAAAGUAGGGCUGUUGGGUCAGGCCUCCGCUUUCAUCGCGUCUGCGUCCAGCAAGAACGGGGGAGAAGAGGGACAUGGAUAUAACUAUGAACCGCACCAUCAAGACGAGAAAUACGACUACUGGGGCUUAAAGAAGUCGAUCUUGUACACAUUAUUCCAAGCCGUGAAGGCCAUCACCGGUGGUGUGACGAUCCUGAAGGGACAGCUGAUCAAGGGAGGCGGCGCGCUCGCGGCUACGCUCGGCAAGGUCAUCUCCGUGAAGGGAGACGCCGUCAGCAACCUCGGCAAGAAGAUCGUCAGCUCCGCAGCCCUCAGCCACAAGAAACCACAUAGCACGGCAGUAUACGGCCCUCCUCCUACCGCGCACCUGGAGUACGGGCCUCCCACCGCGUACGGCGCUCCCACUGCGCCCGCGCACUUCACCGCUCCCUCCGUGCCCACGGGGUACGCGGCACACAAGUACCCCGCGCAGCUAGACGGCCGGGGUAAACUGAACGGCGUCCACGCGGGUCUGGUCAUACUGACCCCGCUGGGCGAGGCGCCGGCAGAGACCCUGGACACCGCGCACUCCGACUACACCGGCCACGGACACACGCCCCUCGACCCGCCCCCCUCCAUCCUCCACACUGUCUACAGUGCCAUCAAGAACGCCUUCUCUUCAACCGCCGCCACGCUCACGGAACCCUCGCAUGCGCCUUCAUACGCCGCACCCUCCUACCCGACCUCUUACGCCGAGGAGCCGACCGCUCCCGCAGCACCCGUGGCAUACCAACCUCCUCCACUACCGCAGCCCAUUCCAUCCUUCAAGCCCAUGUCAUGGGGAGCAGUCAACUCGUACGGCCAGCCUGCCGCCGCUGACUCUUACACUGACUAUAACCCUCUACCGCCAGCUCCGAGCUAUGACUAUGCUGCACCCAAGCGGUCAGUGGUUCCUCCCGUCAAAAAACAAGGCCUAACACCAGAAAAAAUACAAAAAAUCACUAAUAACCUGAAAAAGGUUACCGCUUACCUAAAUCAACAAAAACGAUCUUCUGAAGAGUUCAAGUUAACUGAUUUAGAAGAAUACCGGCAAAUGUUGAUAAAUGGUGAAGUUCCCUUCCUGCCUACUCCUGUCGUGUCUGACAAUGAGAUAGGCGUCCUCCCGGCGGAGCUCCUCCCCGAGCCUGUGGCCGUCACCACUAGCACCACCACCACCACCACUAGCACCUCCACAGCAAAGCCAAAUACCAGCACAGAACAGAACAGAAGACAAGACGUCAAAUACUUCCUCCGAGGCAACAAGAUUGUUCAAGUGUGAUUACUCUGACUCUUGACUGACUGAAGGUAUGUGACGAUGACUGACUCCUACUCUAUAGACUGUGACUAUCUUCUGACUGACUGCCUAUUCUAUGUAAAAAAGACUUUAUGACUAACUUUCAUUACAACAUUCUUGUGCAUGUACAGAGUAGAGUGUAGAUUUGAUGUAGAGGUAUUUACAAACGCUUACAUGUAAGUCUACACCCUGUUGAACAGUAUUUUAUUUAACCAAUUUAGAUUAGAAAUUGUAUUAGCUGCAUCAUCCUUUGGCUAUGGCUUGCAACAGUCUCGAGUAAUAUUCGCCUCGAUCAAGUUGGUUCAAAACCAUGAACCCACUCGAGUAAGUAAGUCAAAGCCAUUGUAUGUAACAUGCGAGCAUAAAUCAUCUUUCACAUUUUGAUAUUUCGUUAGGACUACAUUCUAGGCAGCUUAUGUAGAAAGUUGUACAAUAUUAUGCAAAUUAUAUUAUUUUAGAAAUCUGCAAUAUAUUAGUUCUUCAUUUGUCAAUAUGCUUCCUAUCAAAAGCUGUAAAUAUGAAUUUCAAAGAGUAUUUAAUGAUGUAUAUUGUAAAUACAUAGAUUAUAGUGAUCACAAAGUAAUAAGUUUAUUAAUAUUUAUAUCUUUAUGUUACAGAAUUCCCUGUCGAGCAGCCGCUGCUCAAUGCUGAGGACUUGCAGCAUUACUACCAUCACUAAAUUAUUCUAAUAGUUUCAUUGUUUGGUGGUCAUUAUUUAAGUUCUUACUUUUAUACUUAUUUUCUUUAAAACUUUAAUUCCUAAGCCAAAAAGAUUUUUGAAUUAAUUGGUCUCGAAGACUGUUUAAUUUCAUAGCUAACUGUUGUUAGCCUCAAUUAUUGUUAAUAGUUAAUUAGGUAAUUGUAAAUUAGUAAAUCAAGAACAAAUCCAGAGAUUAAUGUCGUUUAAUAAUCAUCUACCGUGAAAUACCAAAAAAUAUGUAAACAAAAACAAAUCACCGAAUGAAAUAGUAAAGAAAACUUGACGAAGUUACUAUGGAACCAGUCCAGGCUUGUAGAAUUAGUGAAGUACCAUAGCUGGGCUGUGUGCAAUCCUUGGAUUAGUCUGACCAUGUUCCUGAUUGUGACCUCAGGCACCCAACAGUGCACCGAUCUUACACGUAUUUAAGCUAGAAAGGGAGAACCAACAACUUUUAUCUCUUACUUUAUAAACUUAUAUAAACACUCUAUUUUGAUGUAAAUCGGGAGCGUUUCAUAAACACCUACCAAUAUUUAGUAAGUGAUUUUAUUGACAACGUCUCGACGUCUUUUAUUUGAAGGGCCAUAAAGUCACUGUUUAGGUACUCCAGUUUAAACGAACUCAAAUUGAAAUAAUGCCUAAUUUAAUUCGCAGUAAUUUUCAAAUGUCAAGUACACUAGUACCAUAUUUGUACGUUAUUUAUUAAGCCGCUUAUUUGAAGAAAUUGGUGUUACCUAUGAGAAUGUAGGAGGGUUUGAAAUUAGUGUUGUAAAUAAUGCUCAAAUAACUAAUAGAUAUUAUUUAUACUUUAUUUUGUAAUGUAAUAAAUGUAAUUUACUAUUUUUGUAAAUAAAUGAAGA